UGCCCCAGCGCCGCCCGCGCCCGGAGACCCGCCGCAGUGACGCAGCGAGAGCCCGGGAGGAGGCGCGGGAACGCGCGCCUGGGGUCAGGUGCCGGAAGAGGAAACCUCUCGCUGGCGCUAGGAGUGCGGCGGGGCGCGCGCCGGCGGCUGCGGAGCUGGCAGGUGCUAGGCGUCUGCACCUGGCAGGCGAUGACGCCCGGUGCGGACGCCCCGGGAUAGCGCGGGCGAGGCUGCGGGGCCCCGGCGCGCACGCCCGCAUCCCUCCCUGGCCCUGGCGUGGGCCCAGCCCGGCCCUGGCAGCAAUGGGGCUCCUGCAGCUGCUGGUCGUAGCGGUGCUGGCAUCCGAACGCCGGGUGGCGGGUGCAGCCGAGGUCUUCGGGAACUCCAGCGAGGGUCUUAUUGAAUUUUCUGUGGGGAAAUUUAGAUACUUCGAGCUCAAUAGGCCCUUUCCAGAGGAAGCUGUUUUGCAUGAUAUUUCAAGCAAUGUGACUUUUCUUAUUUUCCAAAUACACUCGCAGUAUCAGAAUACAACCGUUUCCUUUUCUCCGACUCUCCUUUCCAAUGCCUCGGAAACAGGCACUGCCAGUGGACUGGUUUUCAUCCUUAGACCGGAGCAGAGUACAUGCACUUGGUACUUGGGGACUUCAGGCAUAGAGCCUGUACAGAAUAUGGCUAUCCUACUCUCCUACUCAGAAAGAGAUCCUAUCCCUGGAGGCUGUAAUUUGGAGUUUGAUUUAGAUAUUGAUCCCAACAUUUACUUGGAGUAUAAUUUCUUUGAAACGACUAUCAAGUUUGCCCCGGCAAACCUAGGCUACGCGAGAGGUGUAGAUCCCCCGCCAUGUGAUGCUGGGAUGGACCAGGACUCCCGGUGGAGGUUGCAGUAUGAUGUCUAUCAGUAUUUUCUGCCUGAGAAUGACCUCACUGAGGAGAUGUUGCUGAAGCAUCUGCAGAGGAUGGUCAGCGUGCCCCAGGUGAAGGCCAAUGCUCUCAAGGUGGUUACCCUAACAGCUAAUGAUAAGACAAGCGUUUCCUUCUCCUCCCUCCCGGGACAAGGUGUCAUAUACAAUGUCAUUGUUUGGGACCCGUUUCUAAAUACAUCUGCUGCCUACGUUCCUGCUCACACAUAUGCUUGCAGCUUUGAGGCAGGAGAGGGUAGUUGUGCUUCCCUAGGAAGAGUGUCUUCCAAAGUGUUCUUCACUCUUUUCGCCCUGCUUGGUUUCUUCGUUUGUUUCUUUGGACACAGAUUCUGGAAAACAGAAUUAUUCUUCAUAGGCUUUAUCAUCAUGGGAUUCUUCUUUUACAUACUGAUUACAAGACUGACACCUAUCAAGUAUGAUGUGCAUCUGAUUCUGACAGCUGUCGCUGGAAGCGUCGGUGGGAUGUUCUUGGUAGCUGUGUGGUGGCGAUUUGGAAUCCUCUCGAUCUGCAUGCUCUGUGUUGGACUAGUGCUGGGGUUCCUCAUCUCAUCAGUGACUUUCUUUACUCCACUGGGAAACCUAAAGAUUUUUCAUGAUGAUGGUGUAUUCUGGGUCACUUUCUCUUGCAUAGCUAUCCUCAUUCCAGUAGUUUUCAUGGGCUGCCUAAGAAUACUGAACAUACUGACCUGUGGAGUCAUUGGCUCCUAUUCGGUGGUUUUAGCCGUUGGCAGUUACUUGUCCACAAGCCUUUCCUACAUCACUUUGAAUGUACUCAAGAGAGCGCUCAACAAGGAUUUCCACAGAGCUUUCACAAAUGUGCCUUUUCAAACUAAUGACUUUAUUAUCCUGGCAGUAUGGGGCAUGCUGGCUGUAAGUGGAAUUACAUUACAGAUUCGAAGAGAGAGAGGACGACCGUUCUUCCCUCCCCACCCAUACAAGUUAUGGAAGCAAGAGAGAGAGCGCCGAGUUACGAACAUUCUGGACCCUAGCUACCACAUUCCUCCACUGAGAGAGAGGCUCUAUGGCCGAUUAACUCAGAUCAAAGAGCUCUUCCAGAAGGAGCAGCCAGCUGGAGAGAGAACGCCCCUGCUUCUGUAGAUGUCCAGGGGUUUGGUUAGUGUGCCUCAGCUUUGGAGUUCAUGCCUGGAGUGAUUCAGCAGUCUCUGGUGCAAGUCUAAUAAGAGAUCAGGCAUAUAGAUCUGUGCUUUGCAUAAUAUUAUGGUGCCCUUAUUGAUAUAUGGUAAGGGUAUACUAGGGGAUUAGGAUGAUUCUAAGAGAAUGAGAAAGAUGGCCAAAAGGUUGGUGGUAGGGAGGCUUUUCCUUAUUUCCAAAUACUUGAGAAAUUACCUUUUGGUUUACAAAUCUAUGAUCAACUUAUUCCAUUAAAUAGAUACAUUUAGAAAAUUAAAAACUGAUUCUCCUGCAGAGCCCUGGUGUUUCUUUUUAUAGCCCCUUGAAACAAGUCUCUCACCUGAGUUUGUCUAAACUUUUGGAGGGAGUUUAUUAUUGAGUCUUUAUUUGUGACAGUAUUUGGACAUUUAGGGAUUUGAUACUUAGGCCUUUGAAUUUUAGAAUACAAAAAGAGAAGCAGGCCAGGCAUGGUGGCUCACACCUGUAAUCGCAAUUCUGGGAAGCCAAGGUGGGAGUAUCGCUUGAGUCCAGGAGUUUGAGACCAACAUGGGCAACACGACAAGACCCCAUCUCUACAAAAAAAUUAAAAAAUUAGCCAGGCAUGGUGGCAUGUGCCUACUCCCAGCUCCCAAGGAGACUGAGAUAGAAGGAUCUCUUGAGCCCUGAAGAUUGAGGCUACAAUAAGCCACUGCACUCCAGCUUGGGUGACAGAGACCCUAUCUCAAAAAGCGAAAGAAAAAAACAAAAGCAACUUAUUUUCUUACUAAAAGCAGUCUGAUUACUUAGUUGCAUGUCCUUCUUAGUAUCAUACAUUAUCCAAAAGUUACCCUUUUGUUUAAAAAUUUUUAAAUCGUGAUAAAAUACACAUAAAAUUUACCUUCUUAUUCAUGUUUAAGUGUACAAUUCAGGAGGUUCCCUUUGUUUUUGCCUUUUAUGGCUUAAAAUGGUCAUUGAAAUAGCUAAAUUAUUAUUUGAAAAUAGGCCAAUUUAUAUAGAUAAUAGAAUUUUACAAGGGUGAUUUAUUUAUAUUCCAAAUAAAGGCGCCCCCUUUUUUUCAAGGCCUUUUAAAAUACUGUCAACAGGUGAUCUUUAACUGCAUUAGAUGACAUAUGGCUUAUGUUUGUUUUUAGGAAAUAACCCCCACCUUAAUCAAUAUUGCCUACCGGGUGCGGUGGCUCACGCCUAUAAUUGCAGGAUUUUGGGAGGUCAAGGUGAAUGGAUCACCUGGGAUCAGGAGUUCAAGACCAGCCUGGCCAACAUAGUGGUCUCUACUAUAUUCUAGUAUAGUAGAAUAUAUACUCCUAUACCCCAUCUCUACUAAAAAUACAAAAAUUAGCUGGGCAUUGUAAUGCAGGUGCCUGUAAUCCCAGCUACUCAGGAGGCUGAGGCAGGAGAAUUGCUUGAACCCAGGAGGCAGAGGUUGCAGUGAGCCAAGAUCAUGCCACUGCACUCCAGCCUGGGCAACAGAGUGAGACUCUGUCUCAAAAUAAAUAAAUAAAUAAAUAAAUAAAUAAAUAAAUAAAUAAAUAAGUCUAUAUUGCCAUUAAUAAGAAAACCUUAGAAAAAUUUGUACUUCAUAGUUCUUUCUGCUCAGUUAGCUGUGUUAGCAUUAGUAUAAAAUAUAACUCUUAAUAAUUUCUUUUCUGUACAAAGCCUUUGUACAGAAAGGCUUCAUCCUUAAAGUGAUGAGGGUGGAGUCAAAAAGGAUUCAGGCGUUUAGAGGAGCUGCUUUUCAUUAUGACCUUGGAGAGUCCCCUCAGUUUUGACACCCUUGUUUCACCACAAGAAAGCACCCGACACCCUGGGUUGCAUACUUACUACUCAGGGGCUUUCCCCCCAGCUUUCAGAGCACUAAAUUAUUGUGAGCUGGUACCUCUGCAGGCCUGAGUAUUAGGGUUGGUGAACGCUGUUGCAUACACAUUUGUGAGUUAACCACUAUUUAAAUGAUGCUGCUUUUUAAAGUUUUUUCAAAGUACAAUAGGUUUUUGAAGUUUCAGGUAACUGGAAAAAUCUUUAACUUUUACUUUAAGUGUUUGGGGCAGGAUAAAACAACAUACAAAAUAUAAAACAAUUUUUGCUUUGAAAAAUUCAAUGCAGGUGACCAUUUACUGCUUAUUCUGUAAUGCUUACUGUCUAUAACCAACUUCAGUAACACUGAAACUUGAUGAAAAGUUUUUUAAAAUUAUUUACUGUAGGGACAAGGUUAUAUGGAAUGUUUGUGAGUUGGUUUCUACACCAUCUGAAUGUACCGCCAGUGAAGACUGUAAAGACACAACACACUAUUUAGGAGGGAGGAUACAAAUUGUUUAAAAUUUUUCAUAAUUUGUGAAUGAUAAAAAGUUUGUAUAGUUUUUAUAAUAAAUCCCUAUUUUGAAAAAAAUGCUAAAAAGCUUCAUUAAAUACUUUCAUAAAUUUUUUCAGAUUAUAUUUGUACAAUAGCAACAAGACACAAGGAAUUUCAUAGCUAUAAAAAAGUUAUUUAAUAUGGGCAAACAAUAUAGUUCUUCAUUUUUAAAAAAUCACAAAGAUAAUUAACAGGAAGUGAAACCUGGGGCAAUGUGUUAAAAGAUUAAUUUGGUGUUAUUAGCACUUCAGGUGUGUCAAACUAAAGAAAAGUAGUAGUUAACAGGAAACGCUGUUGAACUGUUCUUUAAAAUGUUUUCAGAAAUUUCUGAAAAUUUUAUGUUAUAGGUUAGCUACCAGAUUGCCAAACCAUACUAGGUAUAUUGUACCACAGGCCAGUUGAGUUUUCUGUAGCAGGUGAAAUAGAAAACUGAUUCCAACAAAGAAAUUGCUAGAAUAUUAAACCUUCAAAGGACUUUAGAGAUCAUGUUCACUGACCUCUUUAUUUAAUACCUGAGGAAAUUCUUAAAUUAAUGAUAUGAAGUCACAGAGUUAUCAAGAAGUAACAGUGCUCAGACCAAAACUGGGAUGCCUGACUCCCUAUCCAAAUGUGCUUUACACUCGUCAUGAUGAAGAUGUAAAGCACCAGGUAUUUUCUAUUUUCUUCUGCUGAUGAAUUGAUAGGAUGUUUCUAAUAUAAAUAUUACUUUUUAUUGUUCUUUUUGAAAAUUAUUAAUUUUACACAGUGAUAGCAUGUUUUUCCAAGUUAAUUCUCUGAAGUAAUGGACCAUUUAUUUCAAAUGAUUGGUACAUAAUAUUUAAAAUUUCCAAUAUCCAUAUCUCCACAGCAUCAUCUGUAGAAACUUGGUCCAAAGUUCACUCCUAGGUGAUGUACUUAAUAACUGUUAGUAACAUUCAUUCAAACCCAGAGUUCUUGGCUCUAAUUUCCUGAGAACAGGGACUUGCCCUAAGGCACAGCCCCUCAUUGUACCCCAGCCCUUGUUGGGAGGGCAGCUAUCUAUGGUUUUCUGAUAAACUAAGCUGUGCCCCCCAACAAAUUUAUAUGUCGAAUCCCUAACACCCAGUACCUCAGAAUGUGACCUUAUUUGGAGAUGGGGCCUUUAAAGAGGUUCCAAAUUAAAUUGAGACUAUUACAGUGGGUCCUAAUCCAAUCUGACUAGUGUCUUUGUAAGAAGGGGAGAUUAGGGCACAGAAACACCAGGUGCAUGUGCUCACAGGGGAAAAACAGUGUGAAGAACAACAAGAAGGUAGCCAUCUGCAAGCAGAGGAAACCAUCCCUGCUGGCACCUUGGUCAUGAACUUCCAGCCUCCAGAACUGUGAGAAACGUACUUCUGUUGUUUAAGCCAUUCAGUCAGUGGUAUUUUGUUAUGUCAAAAGAAUUCACGUUGCAAACCUUUUUACCCUGAUUGUUGAUUGAAAUGCCUCUUGGCAAUUUGGCCAUUGUAUUUGCAAGGACCACUCUUUAUGAAAUUGACACAAAGAGGGGCUUAAGUUAGUGGGAAAUCUGGACUUACCCAGGGACUACCAUGUAAUCAUUACACUGGAGAGGCUGGUAGGUCUGGAUCAAGCUUAAGAUUUUUUAAAAAAUUGUUAUACAGGAGUGGUGUGGUGGCUCACACCUGUAAUCCCAGCACUUUGAGAGGCCGAGGCAGGCAGAUUACUUUAAGUCAGAAGUUCUAGACCAGCCUGGCCAACAUGGUGAAACCCUAUCUCUACUAAAUAUAUAUAUAUAUAUAUAUAUAUAUAUAUAAAAAUAAAUGAGCCAGGCAUGAUGGCACACACCUGUCAGCUACUUGGGAGGCUGAGGUGGAAGAAUCACUUGAACCCAGAGGGUGAAGGCUGCAGUGAGCCAAGAUUGCACUAUUGCACUCCAGCCUGGGCAACAAAGCAAGACACUGUCUCAAAAAAAUACAUAAAAAUUAUAUAUAUAUAUGAUAGUGAGGCUUUGACUUAUAUCUCACAUUCACUCAUUAAAUAUUUGUUGAGUUCCUGUAUGCCAGGCAAUGCCUUAAGCACUAGGAGAUGGAAAACACAGGCAUGGUCUUUGCUGUCUGGGACUGGAGUGAAGUGAGACAGAUACUAAAACAGUUACACAAGAUGUAUAAUAUGCAAUGAAAAUGUAUAAUGGGGUAAGGGUAGAAAGUGGGAUGCCAGGGAAGGAGUCCUUGAGGAAGUGACAUUCCAGCUGAAACUUGGAGGUUGAGUAGGAGUAGCCAAAAGUAUGUCCCAUGUAGGAGGGGGAGUAUUAACAGAAGCCUCAAGGCCUCCCCUUCUCAUUGUGGAGAGCUAUAAAACCAACACAUGCCAAUUGUAACCUUGGGUCUGCAACCUAAGUGUAACUCUUAAAACCAAGUUUUGUUAAAUCUCACACUGACAAUGCUGAUAACAAGGUUAUCUUCGCAUGUACAGAAUAAGGAUGAGACAAGAUCAACCACUCUUCUGCCUACCCUGAGACAGAUGGAUAAUUGAGUCUUUACUACCUUUUUUCAGUUUACCUUAUCUUAUAUGAAACAUAGAUUUACUGAGCAUUAAUCAGAGCCUCACAAGAAGGUAAUCAUUUGCCUCACUGCCUAACCCCUCUCCCUUUUCCCUCCUCACUCUCUCCCGUAAAUAAUGAGUUUCCAAAACCCUCUUUAGAAAGCUCAGGUCACAGAUGCUCAUGUGACUUGCAUUUUUUCCCUGGCAUGUCUUUAAACUUUGGCUCAAUAAACCUGAUUUAUCAAAGA